AUUUAAAACCCACAUCCACCCUUACCUUCUUUCUUCUAAUUCUAAAUCAACUUUUGUAUUCUCUUAACAAAACAUUUCAAACAAUCUCUGAACAAUGUCCCCUUAAUUCUCACCCUAGAGAGAGGUUAUCAAGAAUUUUAGAAGGAAAAAAAAAUGAGGUAUAUUAGAACAGGAAGUUUCAAGAGGCUUUUCUCUAUGAAGAGAAAUAGCUUAGAAGAUUUGCCAAAAGAAUGCAUUUUCAUGAAACAAGAAUCUUUCAACAAUAAUGCUGAUCAAACAGAUUCUUUCAAGAAACCUACUUGGAAAUGCUUCUCUUUUGAAGAGAUUUAUGUUGCUACUAAUGGUUUUUGCUCAGAGAAUAUGGUUGGCAAAGGAGGAUAUGCAGAGGUUUACAAAGGGGUAUUAGAAGAUGGACAAACAAUUGCUGUGAAAAGACUAACACAAAUAUCUUGUGAUGAAAGGAAGGAGAAAGAGUUUUUGACAGAAAUAGGAACACUUGGUCAUGUAAAUCAUCCAAAUGUUUCAUCACUUUUGGGUUGUUGUAUGGACAAUGGUCUUUAUCUCAUCUUUGAGUUCUCUUCUAAAGGUUCUGUAGCAUCUCUUCUUCAUGAUGAGAAUUUACCAGUAAUGGAUUGGAACACGAGGUACAAGAUAGCAAUCGGGACCGCUAGAGGGCUUCAUUACUUGCACAAAGUAUGUCCAAGAAGAAUAAUUCAUCGAGACAUUAAAGCAUCCAAUGUUUUGGUCACCAAAGAUUUCGAACCACAAAUAUCAGAUUUUGGACUUGCAAAAUGGCUACCUUCACAAUGGACACAUCAUUCAAUCGCUCCAAUUGAAGGGACAUUUGGGCAUUUGGCUCCAGAGUAUUUUAUGCACGGCGUGGUGGAUGAAAAAACAGAUGUUUUCGCUUUUGGUGUUUUCUUACUAGAAAUUAUAUCCGGCAAGAAAUCUGUGGAUGGGUCCCAUCAAAGCUUGCAUGGCUGGGCAAAGCCAAUACUUGAUCAAGGAGAGGUUAAAAAGAUUGUGGAUUCAAGACUCGAAGGGGAAUAUGAUUUGUCACAACUUAGUAAACUUGGAUUCGCAGCAUCACUUUGUAUCCGAGCCUCGUCUACUUGGCGUCCUACGAUGAGCGAGGUACUCGAUGUAAUGUCCAAGGAAGAAAUCGACAAAAAUAGAUGGAAAAUGCCCGACGAAGUAACAGAAGAACACGAUGAGUUUUGGGGUUUUGAGGAUCUGGAGUUUGAAUUUUGUGAUAGUAGUAGUACAUCCUCGCCGUGUCAUGAAGAUUCGGUAUCAACCAAAAGCAGUUAGCUAGAAAGGACACAACGUCGUAUCAUUAGAUGGUUCACAUACGUGUAUAUAUAUGCUCUUUAUCUCACACGGAUAUAUAUAACAUAGUUAUUUUGCAAACCAUUCGAUGGUAUAGCAUUGUUAUUUUGUGAGAAGAGUAUAUAAACGCAUUGGAACCGCAACAAACUUUAUUAUGUACAUAACGAGUUUUCUCAUAUCGAUAUGAUACAUAUAUGCAAAACUAUUUAGAUA